AUGUAUAUCCAUAUUUCAAAUUUUACUUUUUUUUUCAUAAAAAAAAUAAUUUUAUUAGAAAUUAGGAAAAAUGGAAGGGAAUAUUUAUAAGACUGCCAAGUAUGAAAGAUAAUCUCAACUUUGAGAGUUUAGAAACAUCGAAAACUAUACUAAAUUUGUAAAUAUAUAUAGUACAGAUUUUCUUUCAUUCUAUUAAAACUACAUUCCUUAUAUUAUAUAAAGAUAUACAAUAUUAUUAAAUAUUCAAUAUAAAAAUACACUAAUAUUAAAUAUGAUAUUUUCUUUUUUUGUUGACUCAUCUUCAUUGCCAAUAUAUACAUAUUGCAAUAGCUAAUCCGUACAUAUAAGCAACCCCUUUCUCAUACAACAAAGACAAAACAAUGGCAACAGGAUUCAAGGUUUUGAUCUCCCGUAUCAUCUCAUCCUUCCAAUUCUACCGCUCCAAAAACCCUUCCAACUUCUCAGAAAAUCUUGUCCCCUCGUUCCUCCAACUCUCCCCAAACCCCGUCUUCAUUGAUUGCCCGCCGGCGACCCCACCCUUUUCAAACCCCACUACUCCUCCUUCAAGCCCCACGUGUCCUCCAACUUCUCAUCCGUCAGCUGUGGGUUCGGAGCUCGGCACACAGUACACCUCUGAAGACGACCUCACUGAAUCACUAGAAUUCAAGUGGGGCAAGACGCCGCAUCACAAAAUCUACAACUCCUCCAUCUCCGGCGAUUCCGACAACGACCUCUUCCCUCCUCCUCCGCCGCACAUGGCGGCAAAGAAAAAACAACGGAGCAAAAAAAAGAAAGCGAAGACACGACACCGUAUCAUCACUUCCUCGACCGACAAUGAGUUGUUUGGUGACGAGAGAGACGGGGAAGAAGAAGGGAUCGUAACGCUAGUUUCGUUUUCACGAAAUCACAAGAAGAGGAUGAAGGGAGCGAAAUGCAAUGUUUCGAAAGGAGGAAAGGUGUGGUCACCAAAGAUUGAGUCGCCGGUGAGGUUGUCGGGGUUAAAGAAGCUGAUACCGUCAUUUGAGGCGAAGGGGAAAGUGAAGGAGAGCUUCGCGGCGGUGAAGAAAUCAAAGGACCCAUAUGAGGAUUUCAAGAGAUCGAUGAUGGAGAUAUUAGAGAAGCAAAUGUUUGACGCGAGAGAUUUGGAGCAGCUGUUGGUGUGUUUUUUCUCGCUGAAUUCGCGUCAUCGUUACAGGGCUUUUACUGACAUUUGGGAGAUAUUGUUUUUUAAUACUAGUUGAAUUUCCGCUCAUCAUCAUUGAGUUUCUUUCAAUGUUCUUUGAAGUUUUUGAUAAUUGUUGAAAGAAAAGAUUAAAAAACAAAUUUACUAGCUUUGUGUUAUUAAUUAUUAGAAUCUAUGAUUACUAAUGUGCUGAUGGGAAUGAAUUUGGUCAUGCAUGCUCUCUUUUCCUUUUGUUUUUUUGCUUUUUCUUUUUUUCUUUUUUCUUGUUUUUUGUGAUCUAAAAUAUUUGACUUAAAAAUGGGUCUCUUUUUGUUUGUAGUGGGAUUUAGGAAUUUAAUAUAAUAGACUUGAAAUUUUAAAUGUUCAAUACAAAAUCCCACUACAAACAAAAAAAGACCCAUUUUUAAGUCAAAUAUUUUAGAUCACAAAAAAUAAGAAAGAAAGAAAAAGCAAACAAAAGAAAAAGGGAGCAUGUAUGACCAAAUUCAUCACCAUCAACACAUUAGUAAUCAUAGAUUCUAAUAAUUAAUAACACAAAAGCCAGUAAAUUUAUUUUUUAAUCUUUCAUUUUAACAAUUAUCAAGAGUUUCAAAGAACAUUGAAAGAAACUCGAUGAUGAGUGGAAAUUAACUAGUACUACAAAACAAUGUCUCCCAAAUGUCAGUAAAAGCCUUGUAAUGAUUAUGCGAAUUCAGCGAGAAAAAACACUCCAACAGCUGCUCCAAAUCUCUCGCCUCAAACAUUUGCUUCUCUAAUAUCAUCUCCAUCAUUGAUCUCUUGAAAUUCUCAUACGGGUCCUCUGAUUUCUUCACCAUCGCGAAGCUCUUCUUCACUUUUCCCUCCGUCGCAAACAACGGUAUCAACUUCUUCAACCCAAACAACCUCCCUAGUGACUCAAUCUCCGACGACCACACAUUUCCUCCUUUCGAAAUGUUGCAUUUCGCUCGCUUCAUUCUCUUCUUGUGAUUUUGUGAAAACGAAACUAGCGUUACGAUCCCUUCUUCUUCCUCGUCUCUCUCGUCGCCAAACAACCUACUUUCGGUCGAGGAAGGGCUGAUACGAUGCCGUGUCAUCGCUUUCUUUUUUUGCUCUGUCAUUUCUUCUUCGCCGCCGUGUGCAGCGGAGGAGGAGCAAGAGGGAAGAGGUCGUUGUCGGAAUCGCCAGAGAUUGAGGAGUUGUAGAUUUCGCGACACGGCGUCUCGUCCCACUUGAAUUCCGAUGAUUCGGUGAGGUCAUCUUCAAAGGUGUACUGUGUACCAAACCCACAGCCGACGGAUGAGAAGAUGGACAUGUGGUGCUUGAAGGAGGAGCGGUGGGGUUUGAAAGGGGGUAGGGUCACCGACAGGCAGUCAAUGAAGACAGAGUUUGGAGAGAUUUGAAGGAAUGAAUGGACAGGAUUUUCUAGGAAGUUGGAAGGGUUUUUAGAGUGGCAAAAUUGGAAGGAUGAGAUGAUUCGAGAGAUCAAAACCUUGAAUCCUUUUGACAUUGUUUUGUCUGUCUUCGUUGUAUGAGAAAGUGGUUACUUAUAUGUACGGAUUAGCUAUUGCAAUAUGGAUACAUAGGCAAUGAAGAUGAGUCAACAAGAAAGGAAAAUAUCAUAUUAAAUAUUUAAUAUUAUUGUGUAUUUUUAUUUUAAAUAUUUAAUAUUAUUGUAUAUCUUUAUAUAAUAUAAAGAAUGUAGUUUUCAAUAAAAUGAAAGAAAACCUAUACUAUAUACUAUCUAUAUAUAUACAGAUGUAGUAUAGUUUUCAAUGUUUCUAAAUUCUCAAACUUGGUCUCAUUCAAAGUUGAGAUUAUCUUUCCUAGCAGCCUUAUAAAUAUUCCUUUCCAUUUUUCCUAAUUUCUAUUGUAAAUCAUUUUUUUAUGAAAAAAAAGUAAAAUUUAAAAGAAAAAAGAUAUGGAUAUACAU